AUGGCAGACGCUUCCAAGAUCCAUGAAUACGAAGUUUCCCUCCUCGAGGCUCACGAGCUCUCCACCGGCCCUCUGUCAAUUCUCAUGACGGCGACCCGAACACACACUCAAGUACUUAUCUCAUGUCGAAACAAUCGAAAACUCCUUGCGCGCGUCAAAGCGUUCGACCGACACUGCAAUAUGGUCUUGGAGAACGUCAAGGAAAUGUGGACGGAGAAGGGAAAGGGCGGAUCCAAGGGAGUCAACAAGGACAGGUUUAUCAGCAAAAUGUUCCUUCGGGGUGAUAGUGUCAUCCUGGUCUUGCUGAGUUGA